AUGGCCGCCUCGUCUCCAGAAGUGCAGGAGACUGCAUCGUAUCAUGUCACAAUCCCACCAGAGAAGCAUGAUGAUGACGGUUCUGUCCAGACUGCGAAAGAUGAGCACGUCUACAUUGCCGAUGGCUUCUCCUUGAUUCGGAGGAUCAUCUUCAUCAUGACAGUGUGUUCAUCCAUGUUCACCAAUCAGCUAGGCCUAUGCAACAGCCUCACGACGCCCGAAAUAAUCGGAGAGACCUUUGGUGUGACGGAACCCGGUGACCUCUCGUGGAUAGUCUCGGGCUAUGGCUUGACGCUAGGUACAUUCAUCUUGAUCGGAGGACGUCUUGGUGACGAGUUUGGCAAUAAGGCAAUCUUCGCCAUCGGCAUGGGCUGGCUUGCUCUGACCAGCAUGAUGGCAGGACUCUCUGUCUAUUCCAGCUACCCCGUCUUCAUCCUUGCUCGUACUCUACAGGGCCUUGGUCCUGCCUUGACGGUGCCUAAUGCACUCGCCCUCAUGGGCAAAUGCUUCUCCCAGGGCAAUCGGGACAUGGGAUUCGCAUGGUUCGCUGCAUCAGCCCCUCUCGGUGCGAUGGCAGGUCUCCUCUUUGGGCCCCUCUUUGCCAUGGCUUGGUGGCCAUGGAUCUACUGGAGUCAGGCUUUGGGGGUCGCCGUUGUCUUCGUCAUCACUCUCGUCGCAGUUCCAAACAUACCUGACGAGGGCGAGCAAAAGCAGCGACGAACGAUUCGCGACACCAUGGACCGCCUUGAUCUCCCGGGUGGCGCAAGCGGUGUGAUAGCUCUGGUUCUGUUCAACUUCGCCUGGAAUCAGAGCUUGGUCACUACGUGGGCUGAACCUUACGUCUACGUAUGCCUGAUCCUCAGUCUCUUCUUCCUGGCGACAUUCUUUUACAUCGAGCUUCGCGUAGCUCGCUUUCCAAUCCUACCUGUUGCCGUCCUCACUACUGACAUAGCCUUCGUCUUUGGUUGUACAGCAGCGGGCUGGUCCACAUUCGGCAUUUGGCUUUUCUAUGUCGUCCGAAUAUGCCUCAACGUCGGUGGCCAAACGCCCAUUCAACUGGCUGCAUGGCUCUCCCCUAUCGUCGUCACAGGCAUAGCAGCAGCAUUAAUCGUCGGCAAAAUAAUCAACAAGGUUCCAGCCUCGUCCAUCAUGUUGUUUGCAAUGCUUUGCUACUUCGUCACCUCGCUUCUCCAGGCCCUGAGACCCAUAGACUCGACGUACUGGACCUACUUCUUUUUCGCCACCAUCAUCGCCACUUUUGCCAUGGACUCAUCGUUGCCUGCUGCCACGAUCAUCUUCGCGAACGCGGUGCCUCAAGAGUACCAGGGUAUGGGAUCCAGUGUCAUCAUGACGAUUGUUGUCUACAGUAUAUCGCUAGGUCUUGGUUUCGCUGGUACCAUUGAGCUUCAGAUCAACAAUGGCGGGCACACCAAGGAAGACUUGCUUCAUGGGUAUCGGGGUACUCUCUGGUUUUCUGUGGGAUUGACAGCAUUCGGCACUAUUCUCGCCCUCAUCUUUCUACUCAAAGAUCUUCGAAGACGAUAG